AUGGAGAAUGUCAACAUGGCUUGCCCCAAGGAUAGCUUCCCCUUAUCCAGAAUCGACCAACUGGUUGAUGCCACAGCAGGGCACGAGUUGUUGAGCUUCAUGGAUGCCUACUCGGGUUAUAACCAGAUUCGCAUGCACCUAGCCGACCAAGAAAGCACUCGUUUAUCACUGCUCAAGGGUUGUGACGCUAGCCUAGUUCUCAUAUCUCCUAGUGGAAUCACAGUGGAAUAUGCUAUGCCAUUUCACUUCCAGUCAUCAAACAACAAGGCAGAGUACGAAGCUCUCCUUGCAGGCCUCCGCUUGGCAAAAGAACUGGGGGCUAAGCAUAUCUACAUCAAUAGCGACUCGCAACUUGUGGUUAAUCAAGUGACAGAUGAAUAUCAGGCCCGGGGACAAUAG